GAUGGAUGUAAAGAGGAAAAAAAAGAUAAAUCUCGGUAAGGCGUACGUGACUCGUAAAGGUAUACGUAAACCAAAAAAAGAAAUAAAAUCGCCAUGUAAAUGCCGAUUAAAAUGUUUCGAAAAAAUAUCAACAGAACAAAGAAAAGCUAUUUUUGAGGCUUUCUGGAAAUUAGGCGAUCAUCAUAAGCAAUGGAUUUAUGUAUCCAACCUGGUAAGCCAAAAUCAUCCUUGCAAAAUGUCUGCUGAUGUCAAGAAAAGUGUAUGUGACCAUAUUGAAUGCUUGCAACCAGUAGAGUCCCAUUAUACUCGAAAAGAUAACUCCAAAUUAUACUUAGAUAGCCGAUUCAUUGCGAUGCCUAAUUUUGCAAAGCGUCAAUAUAAAACUAUUGUAAACGAUAGCUUUAAGCUCAGUUUUUUUAAACCUAAGAAGGAUCAAUGUGACGUAUGUCACAAAUAAAAGAUCUGUGAAUAUCGCACUGAGAUGGAUCGUGAAACUUAU